AUGAAAAUGGCAGGCGAAGAUCCAAUGUCGGAUUGUUCUUCGGAAAAUGAAGAAUUCCAUCAACUUGACGCAGAACUCGAUCGAUUGAAUGAAUAUAUGAAUCAAGUUGAAAGUCGAGUGAAUAAACAUAAUUUGGAAUUGAAGGAAAUGUUACGAAAACAAAAAGAAGAACGAGAAAAAAGCUGAGAAAGAAAAAGAGGAAUCAAAGGAAAAAGAGGUUCGUUUUUUUCUGAAAUAAAAAAAAAUUACCUGAAAAACUUUAGGCAGCGCCAUCUUCCUCCGAACAAAACGAGAAACAAUAA